AUGGAUAGCGAUGAGUAUAAAAAAGAAGUUGAAGCAAAUGUAAAGGCAGAAAAACUUUUACAGUUGCAAAACCAAACCGUACAGUAUGAAAACUUAGCACAAGAAAGUAAAAAUAACGACGCAGCCAUGCAAAAGGCAAUGAAAAGCGCAGAAUAUAUAAAAGCUAACAAUGACUGGUUAGAUGCCCAAGCCAACGCCAAAGCAGCCCAACUUAUAGGGUCAAUAAGGACAAAAAUACAAGCGGAUGAAGACAGUUCAAAUGAAGCUUUAACAAAUGCUGACUUUAAGAACGCCUUCGAAGCUCUUCAUAGUAAGGUGAAACAAGUGAACGACUUCUCAUCUGGAAAGAAACUGAAGUCUGAAGGUUUCGACAAAGAGUUAAAAGAAGUAGCACAAAAUAUGACGAAAAUAACAGAUGCAGCAACGAGACAGGCAGUUCAAAGUGCCUAUGACGCCGUUAGAGCAACUGUUGUGAAAAGUCAAGAAAAAGAGUUACAACAGACCAAAACAGACCUAGUAAAUGCUUUCUUAAAAACGAAAAGUCAGGUAGGACAUUAUGCUGCAGAUGGAACAUAUGUGCCAGCUGGUGGAACUUAUAUACCAGCUGGUGGAACUUAUAUACUAGCUAGUGGAACUUAUAUACCACCAAACCCUCCAAGAGAAGCACCUGCACCAGGACUACCUAAAACAUUUACAUCGUCACAUGGACACAGACACAGGCAUGCACCAAAACCAACACAACAACCAACACAACAACCAACAGUUCAAAACACUGCACCACAACCAACAGUUCAAAACACUGCACCACAACCAACAGUUCAAAACACUGCACCACAACCAACAGUUCAAAACACUGCACAGCAACCAACAGUUCAAAACACUGCACAGCAACAACCAGAAACAGAGCAAGGACAUAAAAGAAGUAGAGAACAAGGAAACCAAGAAUUCUUAAAAAUGCUUAAAGAAGAGUGUGGUUUCCCAGAUACUGUUGACUUUAGUGACAGAUAUAAAGAAGCUAUU